AUGUAUGCCAAAAUAAAACACGCUGAGAAAUUACUAGAUAAUAAAAAUGCGCAUAGUUCUUCAAUUAAAGACAUUGUACCCAAGCAACAUUUACCGUCCAUUGAAGUACCUAAAUUCUCAGUCGAAAAAGAAAGUUCCUCCACGCCUUUACGCGUUGUGUUUGAUGCAUCUGCGAAAAAUUCAGAAUUCACUUCCUUGAACGAAAUUUUGCAUGUUGGUCCUAAAUUACAAACCGACAUUUGUUCAAUCCUUCUAAAUUUUCGUUUCGGGCCUAUAGCAUUAACAGCUGAUAUCAAACAAAUGUAUCGUAAUAUUUGGGUUCGUAAACAAGAUAGAAAAUAUCAAAAAAUCUUAUGGAGACCGUUUCCCGAUGCACCCAUUGGCAUUUAUGAAUUAAAUACCGUAACUUUUGGUCUAUCAUCAUCUCCCUUUCAAGCUAUCAGAACCAUCAAACAACUAUCCCGAGACGAAUGUUCCAAAUAUUCUCAAUCUAUUUCUAGAAUUCUUGAGAACGAUGUCUAUAUUGAUGAUGUGGUUACAAGUAUCGACUCUUUGGAUAGCGCUAAAACCAUUUGCGAGGGUUUGCAGACUGUAUUAUCGUCUGGUGGUUUUGAAUUAAAAAAGUGGGAAUCUAAUAAUUCUAAUCUGCGUAAACUUUUUUCUGAUUCUGAUGUACAAAAUAAACAUUUCUCUAAAUCGGAUUUUCAAAUGGAAUCUUCUACAAAGGUAUUGGGAUUAAAAUGGGAUCCCUUAUCAGAUAAUUUUUCAUUCGAAAUAAAGCUUACGUGGAGAAAAUGGACAAAGAGACAACUUCUUUCAGUAAUAGCGCGAAUCUGGGAUCCUCUGGGUUUCCUAACUCCGAUAGUUGUUAAGAUAAAAAUAUUAUUGAAAAAAAUUUGGACAUUAAAAAUCGAUUGGGAUGAGGAAUUACCAUCAUUUAUUAUUACAUCAUGGUUAGCCGUAUAUUCCGAAUUAGAGCAUCUUAAUAACUAUCAGAUUCCGCGUUAUCUCGAAACAUCAAAACAAAACAAAUGUUCAUUAUUUGGUUUCGCGGAUAGUUCAGAGCAAGCGUAUGGAGCGGUAGUUUAUAUUAAAUCUCUUGGCAAUCCGAAUUUCUUGUUGAUUUCAAAAUCGCGUGUAACACCGAUUAAAAACCAAACAUUAGCCAGGCUUGAACUUUGUGCCUGUCAUUUACUGUCAAAACUUCUGAAUUUUAUAUUAACGAAUAACCAACAUAGUAUAGAUUUUGAUUCUAUUUACUGUUUUUCCGAUUCUAUGAUUGUCCUUCACUGGUUAGCAGGACCGGCUACUCGUUGGAAAACAUUUGUAGCCAAUAGGGUAACAAAAAUACGGGAUCUCAUUCCUAAUGCACAAUGGCUUCACAUUCCUUCUAAUCAAAAUGCAGCCGAUUGUGUUUCUCGAGGUCUUCGACCUAAGGAUUUUAUCCAACACUAA